AUGAGAAUUCUUUGCCUUCACGGCGCUUACGGCAGCGCCAAGGCAUUUCGAACGCAGCUCGACCCAUUCGUCACCAAGCUCGAAAAGACGGGCGACGUCGACUUCAAAUUCGUCGAUGGCCAAUUUCCAGUCAACCCCCCGGAGGGUUUCGGAGAUUAUUUUGGUCCCCCGCCAUACUAUCGCAACAUUGACUUUGACGGAGUCGACGGGCUCGCCAAGCUAGUCAAUAACUUGCGCGACAACACAGAAGGCGAAUCAUAUGAAGACACUCUCAGAUCUCUUCUGAAAAGCGACAAUGCUAUACCCGGGGAGGGAACCAUCAACAAGACAUUCAGCCGUAUCAAGCAGUACCUCGACGAAGAUCCAGAAAUUGAUGGCAUUCUGGGAUACUCUGAAGGAGCCACAGCCGCGGCUUCAUACAUCUUUCACGAAGUUCAGCAAGAGGAAGAGCAUGGUACACCACGCAGAAUCAAGUAUGGCAUAUUUUUUGCCGGUUGGCCACCCAGCAAGGUCGAAGAUGGCCAGGUCAAGGCCGUCUUGGCUGAUGAAUGCGAAGACAUGAUCGACGUUCCGACAUGCCACAUCGUCGGCAGUCUGGACCCAUACCUCUACGGCGCAAUGUCCCUAUACGGUGUCUGCAACGAGGACAAUGCGACGCUGUUUGACCACGGGAAGGGCCAUACUGUUCCUCGUGAUAAUACCACCAUUGAGGAGCUAGUGGCGUCAAUCCGGAAGACAAUUGCAGACGCAGGGUUGUAA